AUGGCUAUCUUUCUAUUUCAGAGGUGUGGCGAAAUCUUGUUUGAGAACUCUGAUCAGAAUGCCAAAUGUGUUUGCAUGCUAGGAGAUGCACGACUAACGGGUCAGACGGGGGUCCCUGCUGAACGCCGAGGCUCCUACCCAUUCAUUGACUUCCGCCUCCUUAACAAUACAACACACUCGGGGGAAAUUGGCACCAAGAAAAAGGUGAAAAGACUAUUAAGCUUUCAAAGAUACUUCCAUACAUCCAGGCUGCUUCGUGGAAUUAUACCACAAGCCCCUCUCCACCUGCUGGAUGAAGACUACCUGGGACAAGCACGGCAUAUGCUCUCCAAAGUGGGAAUGUGGGAUUUUGACAUUUUCUUGUUUGAUCGCUUGACAAAUGGAAACAGCCUGGUAACACUGCUAUGCCAUCUUUUCAACUCCCAUGGACUCAUUCACCAUUUCAACUUAGAUAUGGUGACUUUACACAGAUUUUUAGUCAUGGUUCAAGAAGAUUACCACAGCCAAAACCCGUAUCACAAUGCCGUUCAUGCAGCCGAUGUCACCCAGGCCAUGCACUGCUACCUGAAGGAGCCAAAGCUCGCCAGCUUCCUCACGCCUCUGGACAUCAUGCUGGGGCUGCUGGCUGCAGCAGCACACGAUGUGGACCACCCAGGGGUAAACCAGCCUUUUUUGAUCAAAACUAACCACCACCUUGCCAACCUGUAUCAGAAUAUGUCCGUGCUGGAGAAUCACCACUGGCGAUCAACCAUCGGCAUGCUCCGGGAAUCAAGGCUUCUCGCUCAUUUGCCAAAGGAAAUGACACAGGAUAUUGAACAGCAGCUGGGCUCCUUGAUCUUGGCAACAGACAUCAACAGGCAGAAUGAAUUUCUGACCAGAUUGAAAGCUCACCUCCACAAUAAAGACUUAAGACUGGAGGAAGCACACGACAGGCACUUCAUGCUUCAGAUCGCCUUGAAGUGUGCUGACAUUUGCAACCCUUGCAGAAUCUGGGAGAUGAGCAAGCAAUGGAGUGAAAGGGUCUGUGAAGAAUUCUACAGGCAAGGUUUCAUGACCUACAUCGUGGAGCCGCUCUUCCGGGAAUGGGCCCGCUUCACCGGGAACAGCCCGCUGUCGGAGAACAUGCUGAGCCACCUGGCGCACAACAAGGCGCAGUGGAAGAGCCUGUCGCCCCGGCAGCACAGGAGCAGGGGCGGCAGCGGCAGCGGCAGCGACCACGCAGGCCCCGGGACUGAGGACCAGGCGCAGACUGGGGGGGAGGGCGACUCCCCGUAGCCGGCCUGGCCCAGCCGCCUUGAGGAA